AUGGCGGACUCGGACAACGACUCGGGGGGUCAGAACGCGAACUCGUCGGCGUCGUCACCGAGGGAGCAGGACAGGCUGGUGCCGGAAUGCGUGUCGGAGUUCAUAAGCUUCAUCACCGGCGAGGCCUCCGACAAGUGCCAGAGAGAGAAGAGGAAGACCAUCAACGGCGACGAUCUUCUCUGGGCCAUGACAACCCUCGGCUUCGAGGACUACGUCGAGCCCCUCAAGGGUUAUCUCCAGAAGUUUCGGGAGAUCGAGGGAGAGAAGACCGCCCUCGGCCGCGGCCAGCCUGAUCACGCCGCCGAUGCCGUGAAUCCCGGCGGCGGAGGUUUUGGUGGCGGCGGAGGCGGGGUGUAUGGUGGGACCGGAGUGGCGCAGCCGGCGGCGAUGAUGAUGAUGAGUCAUGGCCAUCAUCAUCAUCAUCAUCAUCAUAAUCAAAUUCAAGGGCAUCAUAAUAUGUUUGGAUCUGGUAGUGGAAACUCCAGUACUGGUAGACCUAAUAGAUAG